AUGGACGACAUACAGUUCCGCUCAGCCGCUCACGAGGUGAUAGACUAUAUCCUCCAGUACCAGCGGACGGUGCGGGAUCGGCCAGUACUGUCCUCUGUGGAGCCCGGCUACCUGCGCCGGCUGGUGCCCUCCGAGGCGCCACCUACGCCCGAUCGCUGGACAGACGUGCUGGCAGACAUGGAGCGGGUCAUCCAGCCGGGCAUGACCCACUGGCACUCGCCGCACUUCCACGCCUUCUGUCCGCUGGCCAACUCUCCGCCGGCGCUGCUGGCAGAGAUGCUGGCGCACGGCCUCAGCUGCGUGGGCCUCAGCUGGGAGGCGGCGCCGGCCUGUCUCGAGCUCGAGGUGGUCGUGCUAGACUGGCUGGUGCGCCUGCUGGGUCUGCCUAAACACUUUCUCUCCCAGUCAGGCGCUGGAGGCGGCGUCAUCACCGGCUCUGCCACCGAGGGCGUCCUCCUGACCAUUACAGCUGCCCGUGAGAGGGCGCUGAAGGACCUACGCCGGGACCAGCCCGACCUGGACGAGGCGACUGCGCGCGGCCGGCUGGUGGCCUUCGCCUCCGCCCAGGCAAACCCGGCCGUUUUCAAGGCAGCUGCCUCGGUUGCAGUGCGCAUACGCGUCCUGCCGACUGGCGAUGAGUGCCGCCUGCGGGGAGAUACUCUGCAGGCCGCCGUGGAGGAGGAACUGGCCGCUGGGAACGUCCCCAUCUACAUCCUGGCCACUCUGGGCACCACUGGCACAUGCGCGUUCGACCCGCUGGACGAGCUGGGAGCCGUGUGCCGACAGCACGAGCUGUGGCUGCACGUGGACGCGGCGUAUGCGGGCGCCGCGUUCGUCUGCCCCGAGUUCCGCCACCUACUGAGCGGCGUGGAGGAGGUCACUUCCUUCAGCUUCAACGCCCACAAGUGGAUGCUGGUCAACUUCGAGUGCGCGGUACUUUGGGUGCGCGACUCGGGCACAUUCACGUCCGCACACGAGAUCGACGCUCCGAUCCUGCACACUGCCGAGACCACGCUGCCCAACUUCCGCAACUGGUCGCUGGCGCUGGGCCGCCGGUUCCGCGCGCUGAAGCUGUGGUUCGUGCUGCGUCUGUACGGGGUCAGCGGGCUGCAGGAGUACAUCCGCGGACACGUGCAGCUCGCCGGGCAGUUUGAGGAGCUGGUGAGGCGUGACGAGCGGUUCGAGGUGGUGGCGCCCGCCUCGAUGGGCGUGGUGUGCUUCCGCGUGCGCAGAGGGGGAGACUCCGCCACGGAAGAGCUGCUACGCCGGGUGAACGACGCCAAGAAGGUGUUCAUCGCGAAGACGACGCUGGCCAACGGAGCGCUGGCGGCGCGCUUUGUGGUGGUGUCGCGGGUGACGACCGCCGAGGACGUGGUCACCUCCUGGGAGGAGAUUCGCCGGCACGUGCAGCCGAGUCAGGAAUGGAGCGAGGCGGCCGUGGAAGGGGAAGAGGCUGUGACCCAGGAGGACAGUAUAGUGACCAAGGAGGAAGAUUCAGCCCAAGAGCAAAGCCACAUGACAGAAAAUGUUGGAGCCCAUCCUGCGGUACACGAGAAGGAGCUCGAUGGCAGCGCCAGUGACACUGGAAGGAGCGCCACCUGCGGUGGUGUCUCCUGA